GAAGACGACAGCAAGCGGGCGGACGGACGCAGGGUCGAGGCUGUUUUGUGGCGAAAAAGGCGGACGAAACGCUUGCAGCCGGCAUGACGACCAUCGUGAUGGAGCGACUCGGGCGCCUCUUCAUCAGCCUGCAGCAUAUCAAGCAGGUCCCCCGCCUGCUGACCUCCGAGGCGUCUCCCUCCAUGCCCGGCACCGUGCGCGACACCGAGGUGCCCCACUUCUUCCGCGAGCGCUACGUUCGCGCCGGCUACCGGCCUCUCCACCGAAACUGGCGCUACUACUUCCUGUCUGCCUUCCGCCGCCACAACGAGACCGUCAACAUCUGGACGCACCUGCUCGCCUUCCUGGCUCUCCUGGCCAAGGUGAGCCACGUGGCGCAGACGGUGGAUUUGGCGCGGGACCGUCACGCGUGGCCCUUGCUGAUCCUCAUGGUGUCGGCGCUCAACUACACGGCGUGGAGCGUGGCGGCGCACCUCCUGGGCAGCAAGUCGGAGAUGUGCCACUACGCCUUCUUCUUCCUGGACUACGUGGGCGUGGCGCAGUACCAGUACGGCAGCGCGGUGGUGCACUACUACUAUGCGGCCGAGGAAGGGUUGCACCGGCGCGCGGGCGCCGUCUUCAUGCCCGUGGCGGCGCUGCUCAGCUGGCUCUCGUGUCUGGGAUGCUGCUACGGUAAGUACCGGAACCACACCCUGCCGCCUUGGGUGCGUAAAGUGGGCCAGGUGGCGCCGUCCACCAUCACCUACGUGUGGGACAUCAGCCCUGUGGUGCACAGAGUCGUCGUCGGCGACCCCGACCCGGCCGUCGUGUACCACCUAAGCCACAUUGCCUUCUUCCUGGGCUGCGCCUUCUUCUUCGCCUUCCCCGUGCUGGAGCGCUGCUGGCCCGGCGGUUGCGACUUCCUGGGUCAGGGCCAUCAGCUGUUCCACGUUCUGCUCUCCUGCUGCACCAUGUGUCAGAUCCACGCUUCGUACCUGGACUACGGCGGGCGGCGGCGAGUGUACGCGCGGCUCCACGCCGCAGACGACCCGGCGCUCUUCGGCGCCCUGUACGUGCUGACGCUGCUCGUGUGCGUCCUCAUCGCCGCCUUCAUGCUGAGGAAGGCCAAACGUCUGCUGGACCGCCAGGACAAGUCCGAGUGAAGCAGGAACUAAUGAGUCAUGUGCACUGAUAGCUGGAGUACUACUGCAAAAUAUCAGGUACAGUACACCUAAUGAGAUCCAAUACAAGAGCGCUAUCAAACGUGAUGUAUUUAUUUAACAAUACAGUGAACAGUGUUUAUUGCGGAGGAUACCUUCAAGAAUAACUCGUGAUUGAUACAAAUUUGCAAUAAUACGUUUUUUUUUUUUUUUUUUAAGUUUUACACCUCCCAUGCAGUUUAAACACAUUUAAACUUAUUAAAUCACUAUUUUUUAAAGUAUUCCUUAGCGCCUCUUGUCACUCUAUAGCUGUCAAAAAAUGGGAUAAGAGACAAUGUGUGCCUGCUUCAAGCCAUUUGUCACACCUGGUUGACGUUUACUGUAAAACUGACACACAAAACAAAAGCGAUAUAAAAAUGGUAUAUUUAAACACCGAAAUGUUAAAGAAACCAUAUAAUUUCUUUCAUGAAAGUCUGCUAACAUGUAAUGGAAAAUGCUAUCGGCGGACUAACGGUAAUUAGCAUAGAUGUUAUGGUACUUACAAAAGUUCAAGCAACUGACACUUUCACACACACGGAGCAGCAACGCAUACAAAGAGAUCAUACAACAAUAUUCACGGGCAUAUAUUCUGUUUGCACUGGGGUAAUGACUAUUGCUGCAACUUAGUAGGGGAUCUUCUCUGCCUCUUCUUCUUACUGUUAAUUACACUGCAUGUCUUCGAGUAGAUGUCAGUGUUGUCCUGCAUGUUGCAGUACAAUGUGGUACUACUACACUGCAGACACCCCACUCUAAUUUUGGACUUGUCUAUAAACUGUAAUAAAAAAAAAAAAAAAAGAUUAAAAAUGUUUGACCACAGUGUCAUACAACAACAACAAACUCAUUCUACAAAAUAAAGUAAAAUCAGGCACUCUUCGAUCAAAUAUUCUUUGUACAGCACUUGUACUGGAUCUCAACAGACUGUUGGUGUACCUGUUAUCGUUUGUAUUAUUUAAAUAAUUCAAAAUAAUUUUUUUUCCCAGACAAAAUUCUUGCUAGACAGUCAUUAACUUUACCGGUGCGACGGCCAAUUUGUAAAUGGACAAUUCAGCGUAUCGGUACAAUAAUAAGCAAUAGAGAUGUGACCCACAUGCUCAUUAGCACAUUUAUUAAUAUUUGUGUGUUUUGUUUUGUGCAUUAAGAUGAGGGUCCUUUUAAUAGCACUUUUACGUGAACUGAAUACACGGUGGGAUGUUUGCAAAGAAGAAGGGAUUUCGCACCAUGCGUCUUAUAUUCGCGCAGUCUUAUUGACAAUCUCGUGAGUGUUCGUGUGAACACAUUAAGUGCAAUUAUACUGGCAGAAAACAGCGUUAAAACAACUUUCGAGCUUGGUGGAAUGUGGGAAAUCAACACUGUCCUGCCAGGAACAAUCACUGUUGUUGGUAAUAAUAUAGCCAAGCCCCUGGUGUCGUUCAGCGCCGAUAAUUUUGAGUGACAACAGGAGUGUUGCGUAACGGCCCAAAGCUGUCUCUCAUGUUGUGUUGUUUCUAUGAAACCCAAUCGGCUGUUUUUUUUUUUUUUUUGCCUUCAUAGUGUCCAAAAUGUACAAUGGAAAACAUCAAAAGUGGAGACGUGUGUGUGUUGUGCUUUUUUUUCCCCUGGAAGUAUGACUGGAUGUUAUUUCCUAUGGGUGGGGGAAUAAUCCACUCUACUGUUUUCCCAUUUUCCCGUCAAGCAUUUUUACUAUACAACAAUGAAUUUACUGCGAAAUAAGUGAACAACAUCGCUUUUAUUUGCUGUUCUUCAGUCGUCCUUGAAAGGGAAAAUGCCACUGCGAUAUUCACAUGCAGCACACGGGGAGACGUUCUCGCACGGAGGUCCUGCACCGCUUGUUCGGUCUCCAUGGCAGCCUUUGAAAGCCCGUGUUCCACCCGCCGUGGCCUCAGCGUGCCAUUUGCAUACGGAUGCGCGUUGUGUCGGUGCUCCCGUGAUAGCGCAAAUGAGUGCCUCGUUUGACACGAUACAAAUAAGCACAACGUGUCUUCGGGGCUGAGAGGUAGCCUCCUUGUGUACUGGAGGGAAAAGAUGCACGUGUACUGAAGUGAUAUGGAAGGGAAUAAAUUGCACUGAAAGUGAUGGUUUUAUACUUUUUGAAAGCCAAAAGCGACGUGUGUCCGGCCCGCGUGCCUCGGUUGGACUGGUCCCUCUUCAAAGGGAAAACUUAAUGAAAAUUGACUCUUAAUUGUCCUGUAUUCGAAUUGUUGGGUGACAAUAAACAACCAAGUAAA